AUGGCAAAUUGUUACUCGGAACUGCAGAUUCGUGCCAGAAUCUACAGUUCCUCGUCCGCUCUCUUUGACUUAAUCGCAGGUUUUGCAGCCACUGCGCACGAUCAGCAUCCAGAUGGUGCCGUGGACUUCUUCUGUCUGCCAACGGAUCCGGAAUGGUCGGCAUUCUUCAACGAUGGGCUCAACUCUCAGUCCUACCUCUUCGGCGUGGAGUUCAAAGUCGAGACAUUUGAUCCUUUCUCCCACGAGAACGCGGAGUUCCUGGACCAGCGCAGCGUGCCGUGCGCGGUUUGCCGUGUCCUCGACCGCGGGACCCAGCUGCUGUUCCCUGCAAAGCUGGGCUGCCCGGCGAACUGGACGGAGGAGUACCGAGGAUCUCUCAUGUCCGGAAACCACGACCACGCCCAGCGCUCACAAGCCGUGUGUGUGGACGAGGUGCCGGAGGUCGUAUCGGGGGGUCGGAAGGACGGGAACGGAGCGCUGUUCUACAUUAUCGAGGGGCGUUGCACGUCUGGUCUCUGCCCCCGUACAUUGACGGGCGAGAGAUUACAUGUACAGUCUGUACCAUUUAAAGAACACUCCCAGACGAAGAGCGUGUCGACAGUAGGUGAAGAAGAAAAGGAAAAGGGACAAGAUUUAAAAGACUAUCUCAAAGAAGUGAUCGUAAUUGGACCGGUCCCAUGGCCCGUCGCAUGAAUUGUUUCUGGUAAUGUGCGUCAGUUUAUAUUCCGUACCGGUAUAUGAAACCAGUAAAAUCGUUCAAGAUGAGGCAAAAUUGGAUUUGCUUUGACAAGCGAUAUAACCUAUUCAGCUAAAGACAUGUCUUUAAUUUGAAAUGAAGAUAUAAAGCAAAUUGAAAAAGGCUAAAACAUUUAGGCACUGCCAAUGGCGGCCUAGACAGUGUCCAAAUGCAGAUUGGAGCCAUUGUUGGGGUUGUGAAGAAUUUUGAAGAGUUUUAGCAAAUUAAAGAGUCGAAAUAUAGCGUAAGUGUAAAGACAAUCUCAUAAGGCAAAUGCUGUGGGGAAUGGCGCAGAUAAUAGGCAGAAGCGAACACAGUGUACUGGAGUGUUACAGAUAUUAAACAACGAGAAAACAGUCCUCAGAAUUCACUAAAACGUCUUUCCAUUGAAUGUUGUUGGAGGAACAGUUACUUUUUACGCAGAGGGAUCAAACCUGCAUGAACAGGGGUUGGCAGAAGGCCCAUACUUCCCCAGUUGGCCUGGCUGGCAAGCGAGCUCUGCAUGAAGUCUGAAAAUAUGGUCCUUCACUGAGGAAUACACGGAGUUUCAUGUUUAUUGCAGAAAUAAAAACAAUACUAAUUUUUAGUGUCUUUGUUGCUCUGAGGAUUUGAGUGGGUAAAACCAGACUAUUUUGGCCUCUAGCCCCCUGUCAUCAUCUUUUCUUUUAGAAUGUGGCUUAAAAAAUUUGGAUAUUCUUAAUAAAAAUGAAUCAUUCAUUAACAUAAUUAGUCAUUAAGUUGGUGAUGAACUUUAAUUUCAUUGUUUCUAUUUUACUUUAAGGUUCCCCAAUUUGAAACUUUAUCUUGCGUAAUUCAAUGUAGUCGGCUAAAGGAUAAAUUCUAUACUCCUUAACCGGUACUGUUUUCUUGUAAGCCUUGCAUUGGGCGUUGAUCUGUCAAAAAAGUACAAAGGUCACAUUGUCAUUCACGGUUGGAUAUAAUCACCAGUCAUGCUCUACUUUUAGAGAUAAUACCCGUUCGUUUUUUUUAUCUUUACCCAUCCUUGUUUACUGCGAUUAUCACCACAGCGGGGUAACCUUUUUUCUACCUCAGGAACGUACUUUAGACCUGAACGGAUCAUGAGUUAAAGAGAUUCCACAGAAAUAAACAUAAUAAAGUAGAGUUUCUAGUA